AGAGAUUCUACACUUUCCAAACUGGCCAAUGGUAUGGGCCUUAGUUAAAGUGGCCCACCAAUCGGCCCAUUAACGGUCUUGCGGAAAACGGAUUUUAGACUGUAUCGUCUCCUCCAACGGUCGAAUCGACGCUGAGAGGAGAGAUGAGAGAGAAAAGGGGAAGAAGGGAAAAUCCCAAAACCCUAGAUCCCGUCGGCGAGGAUGGUGGAGUCACCGGAAAAGAUGGAAAAGGGUUCUACGCGUGCUACAUCUUGACCUCCCUCAGCCCUCGUCACAAGGGUCACACCUAUAUCGGGUUCACGGUGAACCCGAAGCGAAGGAUAAGGCAGCACAAUGGAGAGAUCACAAGUGGUGCAUAUAGAACCAAGAAGAAACGUCCUUGGGAAAUGGUCCUCUGUAUCUAUGGUUUCCCCUCUAAAGUCUCUGCCCUUCAGUUUGAGUGGGCUUGGCAGCAUCCGAGAGAAUCACUUGCAGUGAGAGAAGCUGCUGCUGCUUUCAAAUCCAUCUCUGGACUUGCUAGCAAUAUCAAGCUUGCUUACACUAUGCUAUCUCUUCCUGCUUGGAACAGUUUAAAUCUGACUGUCAACUAUUUCUCAUCAAAGUAUGCACACCAUGGCGGUCUUUCUCCUAGUUUGCCUCCGCACAUGGAAGUCCAUGUUUGUCCUAUGGAUGAUCUUCCUUGUUUCACUAAAGGAGACGACAAUUCUCAACCCGAGGAUGAAGAAGAGGAUGAUGAUGAUAGUAGUAGCAACCAAAGCCAGCCUGGGAAUCCAACUUCAAGCUACUUGCUUGACCGACAUUGUGAGAAACCAAAAGGACCUGGAACUGUACUUGAUGACAGAUUAGCAAAUUUCACCGGUUUUGGGUUAUUAGAUGAGAGUGAUGAAGAUGAAGUAUCCAUUGAAGCUAUGGAGAAAGAACCGGAGACUGUAUUUAAUGACAGGUUAACAAAUUUCACUGGUUUUGGCUUAUUAGAAAAGAUUGUCGAAGAUAAAGUAUCACAUAGCACUAUGGAGAAAGAUUGUUGGAGAAGAAGCAACUUUGUCACAUCGAGCACCGAAGUUGAAGUGAUAGAUCUGAUGACUCCAUCACCAACAUGCAGAGUUGGAUCGUCUAUGAAGAGGCCUAGAGUUUCUGAGUUUAUAGAUUUGACAAGGUCUCCUAAUUUCAUAGAGUUGUAAAGUAAUAAUAAUAAUACACGAGUUGUGUGUAAAACGAAAUAAACUUUGUUGUAAUUUUCAAGAGUGUGAAAUUGAUGAGAUCUGGUGUGCGUGCGUGCCCACA